AAGAAUGAUUAACGAAGCGUCUGUUCAGGAAGGAAGACGUGUUGAAUUUUGUGAUGUGCUUCAACCUUCAGAUUAUCGUAUUAAGGAUUGUCUCGAGCAAUGCAGCUUAUCAUUACCGUGGAAUUUCUAUUUCCACGGUCAACUACAGUGACUGGAGUCCGUUGUGGUUUUACCCAAUUCGCACAGAACAUUUGCAUACCAGUUAAGAAGUCGUCUAUUACGCAGUGUAUUUCUAUAUGCGUCACCGGAACUUUGGAUCCACGUUUAAUAACAGGUGUUAUGAGAUUAGAAACUUGGACAUCAGAUUGUUGCAGCAACGAAUGGAGUGUAUGUUUCCUAGAAGAAUGACAUGAAAUGGGUUGAAAUAUGGCAAGAAAAAGUAGUAAAAUGCGUUCGUUUAAUGUCGCUGUGGUGGGGCUGUCAGGCACUGAGAAGGAUAAGGGCCAAGCAGGCGUGGGAAAAUCCUGCCUGUGCAACAGGUUCAUGGCAGCUCUAGCUGAUGACUACAGCGUGGAUCACAUAUCAGUUCUAAGUCAGACUGAUUUCAGUGGCAGGGUUGUAAAUAACGACCACUUUCUCUACUGGGGUGAAAUUGCAAAGACAUCAGAAGAUGGCAUGGAGUUUCUGUUUCAAGUAAUAGAACAAUCAGAAUUUAUAGAUGAUGCAACUUUUCAGCCUUUUAAAGGCAGUAAAAUGGAACCAUAUGCAAAAAGAUGUAGUGCAACAAAAAUUACUUCUGCAGAGAAGCUUAUGUAUAUCUGUAAAAAUCAACUUGGUAUCGAAAGAGAAUAUGAACAGAAACUCUUGCCAGAUGGAAAGAUAAGCAUUGAUGGAUUUCUGUGUGUGUUCGAUGUCAGUUCAGUACCUUCUAGAACUAUAGAGAAACAAGUAGAAGCUGUCACAGCCAUAUUGAACAAUCUAACAAAAACCAAGAAGCCAAUUGUUCUCAUCACUACCAAAAAUGAUGAUGCAAAUGAAACAUAUGUGAAAGAAGCUGAGAAACUUGUUGGUAAGAAAGAGUACAAAGGAGGAAUACUAUUGGUUGAAACCUCAGCCCAUGAGAACAUUAAUGUAGAUGUAGCCUUUAUAGUGCUGGCUCAGUUGAUUGAUCGUACCAGAGGAAGAGCAAGGAUUUUGCCAUUUAUUGAAGCAGCAAGGGUGAGGAAAGAGGUUUUAGACCACUCAACAGAAGCAUUACAGUCAUUGAUACGUACUCAAGUGUCUGAUUACAGAGCAACAUGGAGUCUGACAUCAAAGAAAUUUUUCCAGCACAAAGAGUUCAUGCACUUUGUUGAAUUGUUUGGAAUGGAUAGCUCACAGAGGCUGUUCAAGAGACAUCUGAAGAAACUACAGGAUGAACAUAUUGCUAAAAAAAUUCAAGCUUAUAUGGCUUUGCUUCCUGACAUUCUUCAGGAGAUGUUCCCUGAUGUAACAGCACUGAGAGAUUUAGAUUGGUCAUCAGUUCAGUUGCGUAUCAAAGAACACCCUGAGUUCAUCCAGUAUUUCUUUGAAUGUCCUGAAGAUGUUCCAUGGACAGAAUAUGAUCUUGAUGAAGGGAAUGAAACAAGAAUUCCAUAUGAAGUUCUGGAUACAAGUGAAGCAGAAAAGACAUAUAAAAGCCAUGUUAGUGGUUUGCAGCAGGAACAGAAGAGAUUAGAGUUACCUCAAAGGUGGAAAAAGCAGUUCAAACAACUUUUGGAAGAUACAGGUUAUGUAACUCCUGGCAAAGCUUUAUCAGAAGUUAGAGUUCUCUUCAUGGGGAGGGAAUGUUUUGAAGCCUUGUCAGAAAUGGACUGUCAACAGAUUUAUGACCAGCAUCAGAAGGAUAUAAUAGACAAGGCAAAACAUAAUUUUCAGGAAUUAUUAUUGGAACAUGCUGAUCUGUUCUAUCACUUCAAGAGCAUUGCCCCUGAAGGUACAAUAACACAGGAUGAUAUUAAGGAGAUAACAGAUGCUUUGCAAGAUGAUUCAAGGUACAAGGCACUGGACAGAAUAGAUCAGGACAGAAAGCUCAUGCUCUUCCAGCAUUUGGGAUUUGUCCACUGCCCGAUAAGAGAACAUUGUCCAGCUUUUCCCAACUGCAUGGAUGCACUCAUUGAGCGAAUACUACGCACAAGGGUUCACAGGCCAAAUUCAUGGAAUCAUAACAGUCAAUGGCGACUGAAUUCUGACAAUAAUCGGUUGAAUUUAGUUAUCUUAGGAAUUGAUGGUCUUGCAGAUGAAUUAGCAAGUGAAAUUCGGGUUCAGUGUGAUGAAGAUGAAUAUGAAUUAGACUGCCAUCUCUAUUCUCUUGACUACAGAAUUAUUGAUGGAGAUGUCAGUUUACCAGAAAAUUCAUUUAAAGGGACAGACUUUUUGCCAAAUGGCUGUUUUUGUGUAUAUUCAAAUCCAGAAGCAUUUGAAUAUGUGAGAGAUAGUCUUGAGAAAACAUUAUUGUCUAAUUUAGAACAGGAUGACAGAUUACCUUUCCAAGGGUUACCUAUUGUGAUCUUGUUUCUCCCUGAUCCAUCUGUUGAUGAAAGUGAGGUACUAAGACUUCGUGAGGAGGGACAGAGUCUGUCUGACAGUUUGCAGUGUCCCUUCAUUGAUGUCUCACUGGAAGAUAUUAUUGAUCCUGGACAGCGAUUUUCAUCAGCCUUAAUAGCUGAAGCUAUGGGACAGCUCAUUCAGUGUAUUCAUCAUCGGGCUGUUUUUCUUAAUGUGAAUCAGCCAUAUGUGGGCUCUGAACCAGACAUUAGGAUUAUUAUGUGUAUGUUCUGUGGGGACCCAUAUUCUGUAGAAAAUGUUUUGGGUCCUUUAAUAAGUCACCAGUGUUGUUUCUUGAGUGGAGACCGAAGUAUCAUUCUGGAAACAUUCCUUGAUGACUCAAAGCGAAAGGUAGAAGUGAUUGUCUCAUCAUUUCAUGGUGCUAACGCUUUCCGAGAAGAAUUGGUACAUGGAUUCAUAUUGGUGUAUUCAGCCAAAAGAAGAGCAUCACUUGCCACCCUGAAUGCAUUUUCAAUGAACAUUCCUAAUUUACCAAUCCAAGUGUUGGCAGUGACAGACACAGGAGGUGCAAAUGCUUUCUUCAGUAAUGACUUGAGUCAUCUUCUUAUAACAGAAGGAAAUGCCACAGCAGAUCGCUUGAAAGCACAUUUCAUGACAUCUGUAUCAUCAUGUCAGCAGAAGACUGCAUUUUACACACCUUUUUUCAAAGAAGUGUGGGAAAAAAAACCAGAAAUAGAGCAAGCAUUUCACAUGGAAGAACCUAUCAGUUUCAAUACUUCUGGGAAGAGUACACUAGAAAUGCCUGCACGACAACCAAGGCCACCUCCAAGGCAUGAAAGUUAUCAUAUAAAAGCAGGAUCAAAUGACGGUAGUGGAUCAGAAAUUUAUGAUAUCCAACCACAUGAUAGUCUUCUUGAUGACAUGGCUGAACUUCUGACAGCAACAAUUCCUGAAGACAGGCUAACUAGCUCCAGUGAUGAGAGCUAUAUUUACUCUGAUGUGGAACUGAAUGGUGAUGACAACAGUGAACCACUAGUUAAACCAAGUGAAAUAAAAUCUAACAACAAAUUGCAUCAUGUAAAGAGAGGACGCAGAAGGAGAGUCAGGAAUUAAAGAAGAUGGUGAAAAGCAACAGAAUGUGUUGUGGAAGCAGUUGAAUUUGAAUGACUGCUUGAUUGUGGUUUAUUCAUUAAGAUGUAACUUAGGAUGAACCUGGGAAGCUCUGUUGAGUAAAUCUGUAUGCUAGUCCCACAAGGAACCAUACUAAAAGGGCACCUUUAAAAUAUUUUUAAGUAUGCUUCAUACCAUUGAUACCCCAAUUUUCGUACACUGAUAUUUGGACAUUUUUGUCCUACAGUUUUUAUUAAAUAAAAUUUUUUCAUACUGCUUUGCUGUGAUCUAAGUAGGUGUAGUUUUAACAUAUAAGUUUAUUUAAAAUGUGUACAUUGUACAUAAAUUAGAGUCUAAAAGAGUUUUAACUUUUCCUUAGUGAGAUAUUUGUAUUUCUGUUCAGUCAUUAGAUUCCUAUAAAUUGAGUGAUGCAGACACUGUCACAGAACUGUGGGGUCUAGCAGGGAUUACAAGAGUUAUGGCAAAUUCUCAUUGGUGUUUAGAGUCAAAACUCAUAUGAUUUUUCUAGUGAGUGUAUAGCACAAAACCAGACAUUGUUAUGUGUAAACUUUUACUGCUGGAAUGAUGUUUAUAGAAUGGAAUUCUGAGUCCUGGCUACAGCAUUAGUCUACACACAGUGCCAGCUGGUCAUGGCCAAAAAUUGGCAACAUAGUAGAAUUUAGAGGAAUGGCAAGUAAGUGUUCUCUUCACAACACAAGAUGGAAUCAACAAGAGCUGUGCUAUAAUAGUUUAAUGUUUGUAGAGAUGUCUUAAUCCUGCAAUAGCAAUACCUUCCUAAGCCUAUCUAUUGACUGCUCUAGAAUCUCUGUUGCUUUGAGUCCAAUUAUAUGAAUCAGACUGAUUGCUUAUCUUCAAGGUGAUUAGUAUCUUGUAAUCUGUAUAUUUGUUACAGUUUAUGAAUCUCUGUGAAACAAAAUACAGUUGCCAUUAAAAUUUCUAAACUUCUGUAUACAAGUCUGUUACCAGAAUGAUGCUUCUUCAUUAGGUAAAUAGGUUUGCUUGUGUCUUUCACUUUAUUUAUGGAUCUCAGGUGAAAUUAUGAAGUAAUAAUUAGAUAUCACUUAGCUAGUAUCAAAAAUCUGUGCUUUGUGCAUGUGCUGCCACAAGAUGUAAAGUUGUGCAGCAUUCAUUUACAUGUGAAUAAUUCAGAUACUUUUCACUAAUUUUGGAUGUAAAUCAGUGUAACUACUGACUUUUAAGGCCGAAGUUUGCUUUUUGAUGUUGUACUAGCACCAUUUGUGGUUAUUACUAUGAAACGAGGACGUUCUAAAACAUUUUUUGAGCAUACAUUUUACAUUUGAUCUCAGUGUGGACUUCAUUACAGUGUCCCUGAUUUGAAUGUAUUUGCACAUAAUAGUACUUUUAUUUCCACAUAUCCGGAAGUACACACUCUCAAUUACAUUUUUCAAAACUAUGUGGUAUGUCUAAAAUUAUCAGUCAGUAAUUUUGUUUCUUGUAAUAAUUGUAAUGUUAAUAGCUACAAUUAAACAGUAGAAUGACAAUAUGUAACUGAAAAUUAUAGUAAUGUGAUUGGGCUAAAUUCCCGCUUUUUGUGAACCCAAGACAUGGCAUCCAUCACUCAUUACAGGUACAAGCAUUUUUUUAUAUUACUGCCUUCACCCUGAGAUGCAUUGUACUCAAAGCUGUUUACUCCAGUGAAUUAACUUUACCUGUGCCAGACUUAAUUCUUGAUGCCUGAUAAUGACUGUCCCAUCAUGAUGUACAGAAUUACCAGUGCUGUGUCCAUACUUUGAGAAAGAAAAUACCUAACAGCUUAAGUAUGUCUAUUUCACUGUAAGCUAGUAUGCAUGGAUUACAGUUAACAUGAUACCUGUUUUAUAAGAAUUAUGGCAAAUGUUAUAUUUGUUAGUGUCAUACACAAUUUAAAAUAAAGGUAUUGAACUCCGGAGACUCAGUAAUUUGUAUAUCCAGUAUCCAUUCACUGCCGUAUAAUAUAAAAAAUGUAUUUUGUGUGAGUUUGGCACUCUUCUAUUAUUAAAUGCUUUAAGAUUGA